CUCCGGGGUCCCAGCCCAAGCGGAGGCCAAGGAGGAGGCGGCGCCUGCGCCCUGCCACACAAGAACCUCCAGUGGUUCUGAACUUCGAUCUGAAGAUGGCGGACCCCACUAUUGCUGGUACCAGUAACAGCACAACUUUGAGGGGUCUACGUGAACGCUUAGUUGCCAUGGCUCAAGAACUAGCUGAAGAAAGGCGGCGUAAACGUGGUACUGAUUCUUCUGCAGUGACAAACAAGAGAUCGUCAUGUACACCUGUUUUAGAUGGUUCUGUCCUUAAAAAUGAUGUUAAACAGCAGUUAGCCAAAGAGCGUAGAGAACAGCGGAAACGCCAGCAAGAAGCCAACAAAGAAAAACAACUAUUUGAGAAAGAACAGAAGGCUAAGUUGCUGUACGAAAAACAAUUGGAAGAGAAACUCCGCAAGCUGAAAGAACAAAAGGAAAAGGACGAACGACGACGAGCAUCUGCAGAAGAAAAAAGAAAACAGAAGCAGGCGGAAGACAAAGAAAAAUUUAAGGCCGUUGUCACUCGUACUAUGGAGCGAUGCAAUCUUAUUGAUCAACGACAAAAAAGGUGGUCGUGGGAGGGCGGUGCGAUGAAUGCCGACAAGUCUGGAAAACCAGAAAAUAAACGAAGCUCUUCUCUGAGCCGAAAAGACAACCGAUUACAUCAAAGCGGCGAUGCGCAACACGUAGACGACACACCUAGCAUGAACAAAUAUGUUUUCCGCUAUGUUUCUGUACCAAUGUUUACUAGUGAUGAGCUCAAAUCUUCUGCUAUGUUCCGUAAGUCAUCAGCAAAAGAUGCACCAAAAUUUGAAAAAGUAGUCACAAAGAAACUAGAGAGUUCUCUCAAGGGAGUUGUGGAAGGAUCUGUGAUGAAUUUAGAAGUCCCACCCAAAAUAAAAAUUGAAGUACCCUCUCCCACAAAGUUGGAAGAACCGUCUGAGGCUGUCGAAGUAAGAACUGAAAACAUGGAGGGCACCUCUAAAGUUAAGGAGGAAGUUUCCCACAAGGUUGAUACCACAGUACCUACGGAUGAGAAUAUAGAAGGACACCCUAAACCAAAUGUUGAAGAACUCCCCUCAGUGAGUGUGGAUACCUCUUCAAGUGUUGAACGACCCUCCGGAGUGAGUGGGGAUUCACCCCCUUCACUGAGUGCGGGAUCAUCCUCCUUUGUGAGUGUGGAAAUAUCUCCUGUUGUCAGCAUAGAUGCAUCUCCUGAAACAAGCAUAGAUACCUCACCUGAAUUAAGUAUGGACUCAGGGAGUAUGGAAGUGGCCAAAGAAGUUAAAACAGAAGCACCUGUGAAGGCCAGGGUGGAAUCAGAUCUUGAAGCAAGUGCGGAAGGACACCCUGAGGCAAAAGUUGAAGGACCACCAAAGAAGCCAGAAGUGAACAAAAGAAACAUAAUCUUUACCAUCAAGAACCAGUCACCAUGCCACAUACCAUGUUACAGAUGGCCGUCAUCACCUACUCUUGGACGCCACCCACCUUCUCCCUUAAAGGCGCUGCAAAAUCGAAAGAUACGACCUCCAUCUCCUAUACCAGUAUCAACAAGAUUAUCAAUGAAGACUUCUUUGUCAUAUAAAAUAACCCCAGUUCAGAAUAUCUUAUAUGUGCCAAAUGCAUUAGGUGUAGUAGCAACCAAAAAAGAAACCAUCCAAAAGCCUGUGAUCAAAAGAGAAUCUCCUAAUAAAAGUAUGCCAAGUGGUGAAGCAGCCAAGAAAGCUUUGAUACAGGUACAACAUCCUGUUUAUGAACAAAAAAGCCAAAUGGAGAAAGAAAGAGUCCAGAAAGAAGAGACAAAGCAAAGCAUUGCUAGGAAACCAGAAGUUAUGGCAGAGAAACUGAAUGAAGUCCCAGUAAAAGAAUCCUCACCACCAUGCAAAGACAAGCAGCAAGAAAAAGAUCCAACAAAGACACUUCUUGAGUCACCAGAAGGUCAGAAGGAACAGCUACAGAAAGGGGACAGUGCUAUGAUGAAAUCUCAGGACGAUGCUGAACAGAGAAAGAAGGAACAGGAAAAAAUUAUGCUGCAACAGUGGCAAGAAAGAUUAGAAAGGAGAAAGGCUUCAGAAAUAUCUUCUUCAUCCGAUGAUGAAGCUGAUGAUGAAGGCGAAACAGGAAGUGAUGACUCUCUUGAAAUGUUUUCAUCAGGAGGAAAAAUGUUUUCGCUGAAACUCAAAAAGUUUCAUAAAUAUUCCAAGACAAAGCCUCAAAAGCUUGUGUUUCUGCAAGCAGGAACUGGUGAGGUUGAUACCGACAAAAAUGUAUAUUUUAAUGGAAACAUGAAAGCUGUCAAACAAAAAGACCCCAAAUACUCUACAAUUCAAGGAAAGGGCUCAAAGUUACCAGCUAAAAAACCACCUACCCGCCCAAUAAGAAGCAGAAAAAUGAAGGAAGGCGGCACCGCCAUCCGUCCUACUCAAAGUGUCACCAUCAAUCACGAGUGGGUUGGUGACAAGGGUAUAGACCUUAGUCAGACCACUGAAUCACCCGUCCUAAAGACCAGUCCUAGUAGCAGCAAACAAAGUCCAACGGAUUCUAAGAUAUCUUACCAAGGUCCUCAGGCACAUUUGGACCAAAAGAAAAGAGCCAAAUCUGUUUCUGCACCGUUAACCAAGGUUUUGUCCCACCUUCACAUAGCUGGAAGAGCAACUAAUCUUGGACAUCCCUUUGCUUCCAGCUAUUCCAGACUGGCAUUUGGAAGAGAAGCAGAAGAGAGUGAUGUGUAAAUUCUAUGGGGUCUUGAAGAUUGAUCGAUCAUCUUCUACUCUAUUAAAUCUCCCAAGGUCAAGAUUCAAAAUCAUCUACGUUAUACUUGAACCUGGCAAAAGGUACACCUCUCUAAAAAGAAAAAAAAAAUAAGGAAAACAAACAAAAAAAUCCAUCCAACAGUCACCUUGAGAAAAUGUUAAUAU